UUUACCGCGAAUUUUCUUUGCUGAGCAAACUCAUGUUGAAGUCUACUCUUAUCUUGAAUUGAAAUGUAUAAGAUGUGAUGUAUCACGUAGGCACAAAUGUUGUGAAUUAUAGUGAAUUCCCUCUGUAGUUAUUGUUUAUUUGACGCAAACUAGCAGUCUGUAUCUAGCACUGAAAUCUAUUUUGUGAAAUGGAUGACACACUAGCUCAAAAUCAGAGACUGAAAGCGGCAAUCCAUUUUACCUCGGGACAAAUAUGUCAAACAAUUGCUGCGGAUUGUGGGAGUGAGUUUAGCAGACAAACAAUCGCGGCGAUCGCUGAAACUACAUAUCGACAAUGUGUUUCCAUUGCAGAUAUUUUUGCUAAAGACUUGGAGGCGUUUGCCAGACACGCCAAAAGAAACACAAUCAAUGUGGAUGACGUGAAACUUGUUUCACGGCGCAGCACUGCACUGUCCACUUAUGUCCAGCAGAAGAGUGAGGAACUUGCAAGUGCACACCAGGAGCAGAAAGAGAAGCGGAAAAAGAAUAGUGCAAAGAGGAAACACCAGGAAACGGAAGAUGAGGACUGACCACUGGGCCAAGGUUGUUCGUGCAAAAGCCCCUGCAAGCAUUUGUAUUUGAAUUCUGGGUAGCAGCUGUUGACUGUUUUGUGUGUUACUACUCAAAACAAAACACAAAUGUCUUUCAAA